GUCAUUGGAGUCCAUCGAAAAAAAUAAAAAUAGAUCCUAGGCUACUGCUUUAGCUGUGUAGAUCUAUACUGUAGACUUUCUGAUUGUCGAUUUUUUUCUUUUUGGCAGCGUAAUCAAUUUUACGGAAAAUGUCUGUCAAAACACUUCCACUUCUUUUUAUUAAUCUCGGUGGUGAAAUGAUUUAUAUCUUGGACCAGAGAUUACACGCUCAGUUAAUUCCCUCUGAAAAAUCUAAGAAAGUGCUGUGUGACAUUGUUCAGACUAUGUUCAACAAAAAAUUUCUUGAUGAGCUUUUUAAACCACAAACUCUGUAUUCCAAAAAAGCAAUGCGCUCAGUAUUUGAUCGGAUAGCUCAUGCAUCCAUCAUGAGAUUAAAUGCUGCAAGCAUGGACAAAUUAUAUGAUCUUAUGACAAUGGCUUUCAAAUAUCAAGUCUCAUUAGCAUUGCGUCCGAAAGACAUACUUCUUGUCACCCUUAACCAUAUGGACUCAAUAAGAUCGUAUGUUCAAGACAAUAGCACUGUAUAUUCUCUUGUGGAGUAUGGCUAUAAAACUAUCAUAGAGCAAUAUGCUUCCUUAUCACAUGGAGAGUUCCAACUUAUCCGACAGACACUGUUAAAUUUCUUUCAAGAUGUUCAUACUCGUGUCUCAAUAUUUUUGAAAGACAAGGUACAGAACAAUAAUGGUCGAUUUAUUCUUAAACCUGGGGGUGUUUUACCAUUUGGUACAGAGCCUCCUGGUAAUAUUAAAUCAUUUGAUGAGUCUGGUAAAUAUCGUAACAUGGGAUUCAAGUGUGAAGCAGUAUAUUCUCUAAUGUCAAAAGAAGGAUCAAUUGAAUUUAAAGGAGAUAGAUCUACCAAUCUUGGAUUAAAUAUAUAUUCUGUUUCAAGAUCAGUUGAAACAAGUGGAUCAGGCACUGCCUCAGUUAUAAAUAGUGGGGACUUGGAAAAUUGCAGCCCUGACCCAUUAGCCAGAGCCCAUCUAGAUCUUUUAUCACAGCUAAUUGGUGCCAAAGUAACAAAAAAUGAGUUCAGGCUGAAUCUUUUCAAAAAUGAUGAAGAAGAAGAGGAAGCUGCAAGUAUUCAGCCUAUUGAAGCUAUUGAAUCCAAAGUCAUCAACAUUGAUGCUUCAAAAAAAUCUAAAAGCCUAGAAUUAACUAAGAUCAUGGGUGAAAUGGCAGUAGAUGACAGAGGGGCAAGGGGAGACGACUCAGACCUACUAGAUCUGAUGGAUAGCUAAAGAUUAAAAAUGUGAUUGACUGAAGCAUACUUUUUAAUGUAUUUUUUCCGCUUCAACAAGAUACAACAGCCAUGUAUGUUUUACACCACUUUCAUUACUUUUUAAGCUUUAUGUUUAUCUUGAAGGCUGUUAACUGUCUACAGGUAUCGAGUAUGAAUUAGGCCUCAGUGAUUGAAAAAAACCCAGUAGUAGGCCUGUAUGAUAUAUCUUAACAGAGCAUAUUUGUUUAUCUUACAACUUUCUUUAUAUUGAGUAAUAAUAAUUCACAUUUAUUUUUAUUUUUAAAUAUUAUAUUUUUUUUAAAUACACUAAUAUUUUAAUUGUCUAAACCUAAAUGCAGUUACAUUGAGAUUAAAAUAAAAAUUAUUUUUCCAAAUUUGCUAGACUUGUAAAAGGAGGCUAUUUAUUUAAGAUUUAAUACUUUUAUGAUAUGCACUAGUUAAUUAUUUACACUGUAGUUUUGAGUUACUGCACUACAGUAUGCUUGUUGUUAAUGGAUUUUGGAAUUAAAUAUUCAUCAUUG